AUGGCCCAAUUAGCUUUAUUCCCCACUCGCCCUCUUUUUUUUGAGUCUAUAUGGAUUUUAUCUCGCUUGGAGCAGGUCCUUGCCAGCUUUGGAAGUGUUGGGAGAAAUUUCUUUAAUGUCAAUCCUAAGAUGGAACUUGGAAAUCAACAUGGAGAAGACAAUAUGUUCUUCAUCAAAUGGCAAAAUUAUUCUGAAAGUGCUGCAAGCAUAACUCCUGCUGUUCCUACAAAUGAAGUCAAUGGGAAUGAAACUGCAUGCAUAUCACUAUUGAACUGUGAAAAUGAGUUCUGGACUCCAGAGUCUUUUCCUUGUCUUCAUGAUGAAGUUCUUGCAGCUGCAGUAGAUGCUACAACAAGUCUAUCUUCAGACCAAAAGGAAAGACAGGGAGCAUCUGGUAUCUUUGUUAAUAUAUCUAAGAACUUCAAAGCGGGUAAAGCAGAUCAGAAUGCAAAUCCAGCAGUUCAUACAAAUAGAUUGGAAAAUUUAAAACAAUUAUUCUCCAGUCCUCCAUUCUUAAAGUCUUCCUCAAACACAGUAGAUAACCAAGAUCCUUUUGCCCUUGACAUAGAUGACAUUCAGAUUGAUGAACUCGUGCUCUUUUCAUCACCUCAGAAAAUCGAUAUUGACAAGAGAGGUCGCCUUGCAGAUAAAGGGAAAGGAACAGACAGACCGAAAUUAUUUGAAGUUAAAGGGAAAGCAACAGAUAGACCGAAAUUAUUUGAAGAUAAAGGGAAAGCAACAGACAGACAGAAAUUAUUUGAUUCAACUUCAGACUCAAAACCAAGAGCUAGAACGACCGAAGAAAUUAAAGCUAAAUACAGAAAGACGGGGAUGGGGGAUGCCUCUGCAGCAGCUGCACUUGCAAGGAAUAAACUUGUAGAGCGGCAAGAAAAGCUCCAGUUGCUCAACGAACGGACUGAAGAGUUGCAAAAUGGGGCACAAGACUUUGCAUCCAUGGCAACUGAACUUGCUAAAAGAAUGGAAAAUCGUAAAUGGUGGCAGUUAUGA